AUGAUAAGAGAACCAUACCGACUACUACAAGAUUUACAAAUUGAAACUUAUUUUCAAAACAAUCCAGAUCGUACACGUCACUUUCUCCAAUCCUUCUUUGCUACCAUUUCUCAAUUAAAUGCCAUUGGGAUUAUCCACAAUGAUGAACAUAGUGAAAAUCUAUUUUACAAUUCUGAUAUGGUUGAUGAAGAAGAGGCAGCAGUUCUAUUUGUUGACUUUGCUCAGUCCAGUGUUCAAUCGUACAAUGGAGCUGACUUAGAUCGAAUACCGAAUAUACCAGCGACGAUAUUGAGUGUACUUGAACAGUGUAGUACACCAUGUGCUACGGCCUUCGAGAGUCUUUCACGGUGGAAUCAAACAGGCAUUGUUGUCGCAGGCAAUGGAACUGCGGGAUCAGACUUGUUUCAGCUCAAUGUUCCUUGGUCCUUAUUUAUUGACAGUGCUGACAACUUGUACAUCGCCGAUAGUUUUAAUCAUAGGAUCGUUAAGUACCCACCUGGAGGUGGUGGAACUUAUUCUAUUGUGGCCGGUCUAACUGGCUCGCCUGGUACAAAUGCAAGUCAAUUGAACUAUCCAAGGUCUGUAGCAGUGGAUUCGAACCAAAAUAUUUGGAUAGCAGAUGCCAGCAAUACUCGCAUUCAGUAUUUCCCUUCGGGCUCUCAUGUGGGCACAAGAGUUGCAGGAACAGGUGCCUAUGGUGUUACGUCUAGCGCUUUUGGUUACAUGUAUGCUUUGGCUCUCGAUACAGUGCAUAAUCUUCUCUACAUCUGUGACUAUGCGAAUAGUCGUGUCCUUAUUUGGGAUUCGACAGGCUCUUGGAACAGCAGCAGCUCUAUUAUCAAUAUUACCAAGCCACUUAGUGUGAAAGUAGAUAUGGCACGUGGAAUGACGUACAUCGUAAACUACGUUAACAGUUUAGUUUACGCUUUUCCCUUUGGAUCUACUGUCGGUACUGCUUUGGUUGCUUCAGGCUUCACGAUUGCCUAUAAUAUUGGAUUGGACAAGCGAGGUAAUUUGUUUGCUGCCACGUUAACCGCUGAUACUGUUCAGAUGUUUUGUUUGAACACUGGAAAUAUAACUGGUGUUCCAGUUAUGUCCAACUUCACAGGUGCCUGGGAUGUGGCAUUCGAUUCUAAUUACAAUAUGUAUGUACUAGAUCAAACGAACAACAGAGUUCUCAAGUUUAAUCAACUUUGA